AUGCUUCAGCUCUGCAGCGUUGAUCUUUACAAGAUGAAGCUCAUCAACAUUUUCUGCGUAGUGUUGGCCGCGGGCCUGGCCGCCCAUGCUGGCGCCCAAAUGAUGCCGUGGCCAUACAACACGGUGUGCGCGCAGCAGCCGGCGAUCUACUCCGUCGUUCCCCAGGUCACCGAGCGGCCCAACAACACCUACUGUUUUAAGAUCGCUGUCAACAUUCCCCCCAACUGCGCCGGCACCUGCUGCUCGGCUGACCUUUACAAGUUCGAGCUGAAUGUGGACCCUAGCUGCAAGGUCGCCGGUGCCAAGCUGAGCUCUACCCUCAACGGCAAGCCAACCCCCACCCAGCCAUCCCUCGACAAGGCCCCCAACGAGCCGGCUGGCGUCAUCCUGCGCAUUCCGAACCUGGGCCUCAAGAUGUCCAACGCCGAUGGCGCCGAGAUUUGCGUGAGCCUGGGCCCUAACGCCGCUGGCAAGGGCUGCCUCUCCCUGGAGCAGCUCUGCAAGCUACCGGCCGGCGGUGCUCCAGGCACCUGCGAGACUGCCCUGUACGACUCAAAGUUCAAGUGCUGCGCCAUUGGCCAGCCGUCCCAGCCAACCCCGAUCAAGCCGCCCAUUAACUGCACGUGCGAAUACAUGGCAGGCACCACGCCAUUCACUGUUGGCAGCGGCGCCGCCACUGCUACCCCCACCACUACGGGAACCACCGUGUACUGCCUGCCGAUCACCACUACCUCCACCUUCGACGCCGCGGCGCCAGGCAUCCAGACAUAUGCCCACGGCGCCGCAACAUCCCCCUCCCUGCAGGGUGGCUGCGGCCCAGUUGACGUGCUGCACAAGAUCGAGCUGUACGCGAACCAGGCCAUGAGCAGCGCCGUUAAGAGCCUGCGACUGGUCACCGGCAGCACCUCCAAGACCAUCUCGGCCUCCUGGGGCGGCGCCAACAGCAACGUCUUGAAGUUCACCCCGAUCAACUGGACAAGGGCUCAGGCCGCCAACUCCAAGGUCUGCGUGGAGCUCAAGAACCCAGCUAAACUGUCGGACUUCUGCAUCGAGGACAGGUGCUACCUGUUCCUCUUCAACGAGAACAAGGCGUGCUGCCCGAUGUACACGGUUCCGGUUUAA